AUGGCUGGCCGCAAAAGAACCAGGGCAUCUCGGUCGCAGCCCGCCACCCCCGGCCUGCCAGAUGUCUACCAAGAGAUGCUGCUUGAGGCAGGCGCUGCUACUGGUCCUUCCACUUCAGCUUCCUCCGAGCCGCCAUUGAAGAAGCUCAAGCGACCUGGACAGAAGACUGUCCGAGUCGAUCCGCCCAAGGCCCCAGAGCCGGACGAAGACGAUGAUGAAGAUAUUGAAUUUGAAGACGUAGCUCUCCCCCCGCCAACUUUCCAGACCAUGGAAAGAGAUUUAGACGAGGAAGAAUCCGAAGAUGACAUCGAAUUCGAGGAUGUCGAUUUCGGCGCCGUACACCCGGAUGUGGAGGUCACAGAGGAACCGAAGAAGCUUACACUCAAUCUAUCAGCCCAUGCGCCGAUGACACCUGCAACCAAGAAGGGCGCCGAUAGAAGAAAGCCAAUCUCGAAGGAGGAGAGGGAACGCCGCAUAACAGUACACCGGACACAUCUGCUCUGCCUCAUGCUGCACUGCGCUUUGAGAAACCGAUGGUGCGACGAUGGAGAAGUACAGAAAUCAAUGCGUUCUCUUUUGACCAAGAAGAUCGUCAAUUAUCUGAAUCCUUCAUCAGAUCUGCCACAAUUUGGUCAAACACAAUCUCUCAAAGCUGGUCUUGAACAAGCUGGGUCCAUUUUCAAGGCCAAGUUUCAUAUCACAGAAAAGGGAUUGCGCCGGGCUCUUUGGGCUGAGGACCCCGAGCACAUCUCCAAGUACGAACCACCGAGCAACAUGGACUCAUGCUUGGAAAGAUCCGAUUUCAGGGAGGCUGCCAGAAAGCUACAGGGUUCUCGAGAUGUCGGUGCUCAGCUAUACUGUGCCCUGCUGCGAUCUGCUGGGAUCCGCGCCCGCUUGGUUUGCUCUCUGCAGCCACUUUCUUUCGCCUCAGGUGGUCCCACGCUCCCCAAACCCCGUAGCCUGAAGACACCAUCAAAACCUACAAGAGCAGAACAGAUUCAGGCACAGGUAGCCAAGUAUUCAAUGACUGGAGAAGGGUCAUUGCCAUCAGAUAUGAGCAAGGCUUCGCCUCUUCGACGGCUUGGCCACCCAAACGCCGCGGCUUACCACUUACCGUCGAUACCAGCAUCACCCCCGAAAGCUCGACAGCUGAAAGAGACUCAGACUAAUAUCCGCGAGUCGCCAUUUCCGGUUUACUGGGUAGAAGUUCUUGAUAUUGCUCAUCAGAAAUGGCAGCCUGUGGAUCCGCUGGUUACAAAUUCGAUGUGGAAACCUCGUGCCAUUGAGCCACCGGCCUCCGACCGAGAAAAUUGCCUGACCUAUGUGGUUGCCUUUGAAUCUGACGGUACUGCGCGAGAUGUGACCAGGAGGUACGCCAAGGCAUAUGCGGCAAAGACAAGAAGAUUGCGUGUCGAAACUGCCGUUGAGCGAGGCGACCGGUGGUGGCGCAAGGCUCUUGAACCGUUCACUCGACGUUCAAAAACCGAUCUUGACCAGAUUGAAGACAACGAAUUGAUGGCUGUCGAAGGCCGUGAACCUAUGCCAAGAAACGUGGCAGACUUCAAGGACCACCCCGUAUUUGCGCUGGAAAGGCAUUUGCGGCGCAAUGAAGUUCUUGUACCAGAAGCGCAGCCCGCCGGGACGGUCUCGGCGGGAAGCAAAGCGCCGUUGGAGAAGGUCUACCGGCGUAGGGACGUGCGGGUUGCGCGUAGUAGGGACAAAUGGUACCGCAGCUAUGGACGCGAAGUGAAGCCAAUGGAAGUUCCGGUCAAGUUUCUUCCUCGAAGAUCCAACGCCAGGCCAGGCGAGUUUGUUGAUGAUGGAUACGGCGGCGAUGAGAGGGACGCGGCAGGUAUGCCGGUAUUUACCGAAGAGCAGACAGAGCCUUACCAUGCCCCGCCAGUCGUCAAUGGUCGUGUGCCAAAGAACAAGUUUGGCAACAUUGAUUUAUACGUGGCGAGCAUGGUACCGCAAGGUGGUGUUCACGUCACGGACGAAUUCGACGCUGCUGCGCGCGCCGCUUACAUACUAGGGAUUGACUACGCGCCAGCGUUGACAGGGUUUAAUUUCAAGGGGAAGCAUGGUACAGCUGUGCUGAAUGGCGUGGUAGUAGCACGAGAGCAUGAAGAAGCUGUUCGGGCUGUGAUGGAAGGUCUGGGAGACAUGGAAGCACAAGUAGAGCGGAGCAAGAGGUCUUUGGCUGCGGUUCGAAUGUGGAAGAGGUUUCUUACAGCACUCCGGAUCCGGGAGCGCGUAUGGGCCGGAGUGGACCCGGAGGAGAGAGCCGAAGAGGAGAGGGAAAUGGUUGGGGAAAUAGCGGAAAUAUUCGAGGAUGAGGAAAGUAUGACGACAGGCGGCUCCAUGGUUGAGGGUGAUAAUCAAGGUAGGGGAUGUCUAGCACAGGACGAAGCAUUCGGGGGAGGCUUUAUAACUGAAGAAGAUGCGAGUCAAGGCAGGCCUGGAGGUUUCAUGGUUGGUAACGAGAGCAAACAUGGUGGUGGGGGUUUCGUGGCUGAAGAAGUGGAAGUGAAAGUGGAAGAGGAAGAGGGCGGUGGCGGAGGCUUUGUUGCUGGGGAUGAGGAUGGCGACAGCGACCGCGGUGUAGGCUUCGCCGCUCAGGACGUGGAAGAAAGCAGAGGCUUUGCAGCUAAUGAGGAGGGAAAGACCGACGAAAGGGAUUUCGACAUGGGGUUAGACGACCUUUCGGUUCUCGGAGCGGAAAAAGACGACGACGGUGAACUUGAAGAUGCACCGAGCGACGUUACAGAGGAGUAUGACAUGGAGGAGGAGGACGGUGGAGGAGGAUUCCUAGUGGAGUAG